GUGUCGCCGCCCCCUAUAGGAGAGUCUAAUAGGGUGUGUGAGAUACUGGUAUCUAUGCUGUGAGUGCAUCAAUACUCCUCCAGAGAGAUGGUACUAGGCAGUUGUGCACGGCUACUGGUGCGAAGACUAGCUCUGAGGAAAGGUGUCUCGCUGGUGAUAGUGUGUGUGACACUCCUGGGAGCGUUGCUACUCUAUCACCAAUACUCUAAACCAUCGAAUAACGUGAAUGGCGAUAUUAGACGAAUUGUUGUGCCGUCACGACAUUCACCCGUGGAGGAGGUUGCAAAGAAGGAAAAUGAAGCAUUACAACAGCAGCCGUCACCGCGUCAUCAGGACGGUCCAAUCAAAUCGCAGCAACCACAUGUAAUAGUGAAAGAAUCAAACGAGCCUGACGAAAUUAUCGUGUUUCCGGAAAAUCUGCCUGAGUGUAUAUUUUCAUCAGCACAGCCAACGGGAGAUCAUGUCGAUGUCACCAUGAGCGAGUUGGUUGACCAGCUGGCAUUUGAUGACCCCACGAACCCUAACGGCUGGAAUCAAGGCUUUGACAUCACGUACAAAAUGGAGGACUUUAUAGAGCACCCCCUCCAAGUGUUCGUUGUACCCCACUCCCACAAUGACCCCGGUUGGAUCAAGACAUUUGAGGAGUAUUAUCGUGCGCAGACUCGGAACAUUCUCAACCUCAUGACAGACAGUCUAGCUGGAGAUAAGAGGAAGAAGUUCAUAUGGGCAGAGAUAUCGUACCUUGACCUUUGGUGGACUGAACAGAGUCCCGCCAAGAGAGAGCAGUUUAAGAAGCUAGUGGAGGGUGGUCAGAUAGAGAUAGUGACAGGUGGCUGGGUAAUGAACGAUGAAGCCAACACUCACUACUUCGCCAUGUUGGACCAGCUUAUAGAAGGUCAUCAAUGGAUGGCAAAGAACCUCCCAGGAAUCAAGCCUUCCACUGGUUGGGCGAUAGAUCCCUUUGGUUACACGGCAACCAUGCCGUACCUGCUACAAGGGACAGGGUUGGAGUCCAUGCUCAUACAACGAGUGCACUAUGCUGUCAAGAAACAACUGGCUUUGAACCGUCAACUAGAGUUCGGUUGGCUACAGCAAUGGGAUGGCGGCUAUGACUCGGGUAUACUGUGUCACAUGAUGCCCUUCUAUAGCUACGAUGUUCCUCACACCUGUGGACCACACCCAAAGGUGUGCUGUCAGUUUGACUUUAUUCGUUUGCCUGGAGGGCGUAUAAAAUGUCCGUGGAAAGUCAGUCCCGUGGCUAUCACCGACGACAACGUCAAGGAGAGAGCGGAGAUGUUGUUGAACCAGUACCGGCUCAAGUCCAAGCUCUACCGUAGCAACAUCGUCUUAGCUCCACUCGGUGAUGACUUCCGAUGGGACAGCCAACGGGAGAUCGAUCACCAGUUCACUAACUACUAUAAGCUGAUGGACUAUAUUAACAGUCACCCUGAGCUACACGCUAGCGUACAGUUUGGUACAUUGUCGAAUUAUUUCGAUGCUCUUCGUGCGACUAGUCCGCCUGACAGAAGGAACAGUCUGGUGCCUGAUGGACUACCAAUGCUCACCGGGGACUUCUUUACCUACGCUGACAGGGCGGACCAUUAUUGGAGUGGCUACUACACUUCACGUCCCUACCAUAAGAACAUGGACAGAGUGUUGCAAGCAUACCUACGAGCUGCCGAGGUUAUGUACAGUCUAGUCAUGUCACAUGACCUUCCUGUUGACGGCAAGCUAAGGGGUGUGGCCUCACAUUUAACAAGCGCUCGACGAAACCUGGGGCUAUUCCAACAUCACGAUGGAAUCACUGGCACGGCUAAAGAUCACGUUGUCGUGGACUACGCAAAGAAAAUGCUUUCGUCUAUAACUGCUUGUCAAGGUAUCAUCUCCGCUGCUCUCAAAGCACUCACUACAAACACCGCUCCCUCACCCGAUGUUGUCAUGGAGAUGACUUUUGAACCUAAUGAGAAGUUUGAGUUGAAACAAGUGCCCCAAGAGUCAAUUAUUUCUGUCACUGAGGGACCAAAAAUUGUGAGUUUUGUGAAUCCUCUACCUCAGGUUGCCAAGCAACUCGUCACAGUCACAGUCAACUCUCCAAAAGUUAUGGUAUCCAACUCUAGUGAUGCGUCAGUAGCAUGUCAACUUAGUCCAGUCUGGAGUAACGGGGUCAUCGCCAUGGAUACGUAUCGACUAUCAUUCCCUGUGGUCGUACCACCCCUCGGCUUCUCGCAUUAUCAGCUGAGUCAGCAAGGGGGUGUGGCCUGUGUUCCUGCCAACGUACAGUACAUCAACAUGGGCCCUAUACAAAGUGAUGUGUUCAAGACAGAGGAGGUGGUGUCAGCGGCGGACUUUGUCCUCUCCUCUCACUCAAUAUCUGCCAAGUUCUCCGGCACUAAUGGACUACUCAAGUCCAUCACCACAGGAUCGUCUGAAGUGCGUACUGAGGUAGAGUUUGUGGUCUAUGGUACGACAUCUGGUAAGGACAAGAGCGGUGCCUACCUGUUCAUGCCUGGAGGGAAAGCUAGUGGGGUCUCAGCAGGGAAAUCCCCUGUCUCCGUGGUGAUAGGACCUUUGCUACAAGAAGUGCGUACAAUCGUCCAAUCAGGUCUCGUCGUGCACUCAGUUCAACUAUUUAAUUCUCCGGGAAUGGACGGACGUUCCGUUGCCAUUAGCAACCUCGUGGAUAUUACGCGAGAAUCUAACAAGGAAGUGGCAAUGCGAGUACACACAUCGAUAGCCAACACUCAGGACACCUUCUAUACUGAUGAUAAUGGAUACCAGCUUGUUAAGAGACGGACUUACUCCAAGUUAACCCUCCAGGGAAAUUUCUAUCCAAUGCCCACCAGCGCUCUCGUUCAGGAUGCUAAUCACAGGGUCACUCUCUUCACUGGACAACCACUGGGCGUGGCCUCGCUUAAACAAGGAUGGUUGGAGGUGAUAUUGGACCGUCGACUCAUGCAGGAUGACAACAGGGGACUAGGACAAGGAGUUAAAGACAGCGUACCAACCAGAGAACCAUUCAGACUACUCGUUGAGAGGAGAAUGGGCGAGGCUUCGCCGACGGCCCAGUUGGUCUACCACUCUCUAAUGGGUCACGCUACAUUGGACUCUCUCCUCCACCCACUCCACAUCCACACCUCCCCUCACAUCUCCCACACCCUCACAUCAUACACACCCUUGCCACGCCCCUUCCCAUGUGAUUUCAAUCUCGUCAAUCUGCGGACACUGUUGACUGAGGGUGGUGGGGAGACUGCUGAGUCAGCGCUUAUUCUCCACCGGAGGGGUUUUGAUUGCGGCUUUGAUGUCGGACCGUUGCAAUGCUCAUUGGUCGACGGGGAGGUGAAGCUGUUGGAGCUGUUUAAAACUCCGCCCACUGCUGUAAGCCACACCUCCCUCAGUCUCCUACACGAGCGAGCAGUACUGGACAGUGACACCGGCUUCCUAGCUCACGUUAAUCCGAUGGACAUACACACCUAUAGACUGACUUGGUAGAGCUAGAUUAUUAUAUUAAUUUUAUAUAUAUACAUGUAGUUCAAUGCAAAUCUGCAUGUGUUUAUCACACAACCACCUCCACCAAGCUAACUUAUUUGUGCUAAUACUUUCGUCAUCAAAUAAUAUUAUAAUAUAUAUUAUAUAUACAGCAAA